AUGGGUAAUGCUAUUUCAAAUGGGAAAUUGAUAUCUCCAAUAUCUAUUGAUUUAUAGAUAAAAGAAUCAUAGUUAACAAUAAGAUUUGUGUUGGAUCAAAAGAAAUUAUAGACUUAAUAAAAUACAAUACCAAAGGAUUUUGAUCAUUAGAUAUCUUAAUUAAUAAAAGAAUUAAAAGUAGAGCCAAAACUUCUUUAAUAAUUCUAAAAUACACCAUAAAGUAAUAUGAAAUAAUAUAAUUAGACUUUAAAUGCUUAAUAUUGAAUGAGUAUAAAAAUAUUAUAGGAAAGAAUUUGUUAUAAAAUUUACCAAAUGAUGAAAUAAACUAUUUUACUUAAAAAUUAAUAAACCCUACUUUAUAAGAUUUAGAAUAGAUAAGAAGAUAUCUCAAAAACCUAUAGAUUCAUAAUUAAUAGGAUUAAUUAGAACAAUUUAAUAAUGUAAUAAAUUUACUAAUAGAAAACUUAUUUAGAUUUUACUAACAAACAUAAUAAAUUAUUGAAAAAAAGAAACCUCCUUGUUAUUUAUACUAAAUUGAAAUAUUAAAUAUACUUGAAAUCUUAGUAAAAAUAGAAAAAAAUUAAUAGUAAAUGUUGCUUAUCCCAGAUUCAAUGGAUAUUAUAUUAAAAAAUUUACAUCCAACUCAUGUUGAAUUAACAACAAUAGUAUUAGAAAUUGCAUCUCAUUUAUGUUGGCAUACAGAUGAAGGAUAUAAUUGGGUAUUAAAAAGUUUAAAUAAAUUGUAUGAAGACAAUGAAAUUAUCUUUUUUAUAAAUACUUUAUAAAAGAGUAAAAAUGCUGUUAUGAUUGCAACAAUAUGUGCAUUUAUAGUAACUCUAACAGAAUCUCCAACAUAAGAAGAGGAAAGAAAAAGAAUGUGUCAAUAAUUUAUCAAAUCAGGUAUUGUUGAUAUAUAUAAAAUGAUUACAAAUAAUAUAGAAGAAUUUGAAUAUAAAGCAGAUGAAUUAAGAUUUGAAGUUGUUUUAUAAUAGAUUAUUGAAUAAAAUAAAUAAAAACAUUAAAUUUUCACAGAUCCAAAUUAUAUAGAAGAAAUUACAUUACCUAUGCUUUAUCAAAGAGAAUCAAGAAAGAUAUAUGAUAUAGGAGAGUUUUCAAAUUCAAUAAAAAUUAUUGAAGGAUAAAUUGAGGCAUUUUUAGAGAAUAAUAAAGAUAUACAUAUUUAAUAAAUAUAAGAACCAAAAAAAUAAGAAAUAAAAUAACAUGCAAAACAUUUAAAAACUACUUUUCUUACACCUUAAUAUUUGAAUUUAAUAUAAGAUGAAAUGGGUAAAGCUAAUUUAACUAAUCUUUAAAGAGCUGUUGAAAAUAUUAAACAUGAAUCCAAAAUUAGAGGUACUUAAAUUGUUACUGAUUUUGCAGAAGGUAUAUCUAAAUAUAUAGAUAAACUUCAUUUGCCAAUUUAAAAAGAAAAUGAAAAUCAUGAAAUUUCGUAAUUUGAAUCUAUGAAAUAAUUAAUUGAAGAUUUACAUGAAAAAAUUAUUAGUUUAGAAUAUGAAAUUAAAGAUUUAAAUUAAAAAAAAUAAUCAAAUGAAUCUUUUGUUGAUGUUUUAUAAAGAAAAAUAGGAGAUUUAGAAAAAAAAAUGAAAUCAGAUUAAUCUAUUUUAUCUCAAUUAAAUGAAUAAUUAGCUUCAAAAAAUAAAGACUUUAGAGCACUUCAAUAAGAAAAUGAAUCAUAAUAGAAGACAAUUCAACAAUUAGAAAAUGAAGUCAAUUAAUUAAGAGAAAAAUUAUCAAUUAUGUAAUUAGCAAAAGCUCAAAAAAUGGAAUUUGAAAUUCCACCAUAAAGAUUAUCUCACAAAUCAGAUAAUUAAGAUGAUUUGAGACAAUAAUUAGACUAACUCAAAUAAGAAUUACAAUAAUAAAAUUAGAAAUUUAUAAAUUAAGAAAAUGAAAAUAAAAGUAAUUUUAUUUAUUUUUAAUUAUAGAAUUUUAAAAAUUGUUAAAAGAACAAAAUUAAAAUUUAUUAACUAAAGAAAUAUAAUUGACAGAAAAAAAUAAAGAAUGUAGAGAAUUAUAAACAACAAAUGAAAAAUUAAUUAAAAAAAAAUAUGCUAAAAAGAUAGAAUUAUAAUAAUUAAGAGAAAAAGUAUAAUCUGUAAAUUAUGUAAAAACAUAAGCAACCAAAAUUUAAAGCGAACUUAAAACAAUUGAAUAGUAUUAAGAUGAGGUUAUAAGAUUAAAUGGACUUAUAGAAGAAUAAGCCUUUUAUUUAGAAUAAUAAAAAAAAUAAACAUAAAAAUUUGAUGAAAUGAGAGAAAAUCAAAAAGUAUUGGAGAAUAAAAAUAAUAAAAUUGAAGAUGAAUACAAAAGUAUGUUUAAAAUACUAUUCUUUAGAACAAUCAAUCAAUACAUAAAUUCUACAAGAAAAACUUUAACAAUUAUAAUAAGAAAAAGAUAAUUUAGAAAAGAAAUUGCAAAACUAAUAAUUAAUCACAUAAAAUUCCAUUUAAUCAAAUAAUACAUUUUAAUCACCAAAUCCAACAUUACCUAGUACAAAUUAAAUAAAUCCCCUUACUCCUCCAAUAUCUUCAAAUUCUUAAACUGGGCCAGCCCCUCCACCUCCACCACCUCCUCCUGGUGUUAAGACUGUAUCUACACCACCUCCUCCUCCUCCUCCUCCUGGAGGGCCAAAACCACCAGGACCUCCUCCUCCACUUGGAGGAGCUCCUCCACCUCCUCCUGGACCUAGACCACCUGGUGGACCAGAUCCUUAAUUUGGAGGAAAAUAAAAACAUAAACCUAAUGUAUAGCUUAAAUAAGUUCCUUGGACAAUUAUCAAACCAGAAUAAAUUAAAAAUACAAUUUGGGAAUAAAUUGAUGAUACUAAAUUAAAAUUAGAUUACUCGAUUAUUGAAAAUUUGUUUGCAGUGAAACCAACAUCAAGUAAUAUAAAUACUUAAAGUGGAAUAAAUUAAGCUUAGAAGACAGCUAAAAUUUCAAUGUUAGGACCUGAGAGAAUAAAAAAUUUAGAAAUUGUGUUAGGCAAACUUAAAAUGUCAAAUUAAUUAAUAGUUGAUAGUCUUUAUCAGUAAUUAUAUUAAACGAAAUUUUAAGACUUGAUGAAACUGUAUUAAGACCAAAUAUAGUUGAAUCCUUAAUUACAGCAAUGCCAAAUGAUACAGAAGUUGGAUUGUGGUAGGAUUAAGAUUAAUCAAACUUAGCAUUACCAGAUAUUUUUUGUAUAAAUAUUAGUUCAGUAAAGGGUUAUGAUUUUAGGUUGUUAAUUAAAAAUAUUUUUUAGAUUACUAUCAUUGAAAUUUAAAUUUAAUUACAAAGAAUUAGUUGAAGAUAUACAAUCUAAAAUUAAUAUAUUUUAAAAUUUGAUAGGGAAGACAAAAAAUGAUAAGAGUACAAAAGUAGUCAUGGAAUAUGCAUUAGCUGCAGGAAAUUAUAUGAAUGGUCAAUCUGCUAGAGGUGGAGCAUAUGGAUUUAAAUUUGAAAUGAUGGAGAAAUUAGCUGAUGUUAAAAGUACAGACAAUAAAAUAAACUUAUUAAUGUUUAUUAUUUAGAAAGCAGAGGAAGAUCUAUAGUAAGAAUUAGUUUUAGUUGAUGAAAAUAUAGAUGACAUUGAAUUGGCUGGUAAUUUGAUUAUUAUAUCUUUUUAGCUAAAACACCUUUGAAUUAAUUGAAUGCUGAUUUAAGUGAGUUAAAAAAAAAUUCAAAAAUUGUUGAUAAAGCCAUGAAAUCUAAAGUAUCUCAUCCUAUCCAAGAUUUGGUUGAAGAAAAAUUAUAGAAUUUUUAUUAACAAGUCAUUUCUGAUAUAGGUGAUUUUGAGAAUUUAUUAAAAUAACUUGAAAACUAAUAUGAAGAUCUUUCAAAUUAUUAUGCUGAAUCAAAGGUUAAUUUUGAUAAAUUUUUUGAAAAAUUUUAUAAAUACAAAAUUGUUUUAAGAUAAGCUAAAUAAAAUAUUAUUAAAAUUAAAUAAGCAGAAUAAAAAGAACAAGAGAAAAAGAAAAAAUUAGAAUAAUAAUAAUAAUCAUAAAUUUAAAAAAAACAGGAAGGUAAAUUUUAAUUUAAUUGAAGACAACUCUUUAUCAGGAUUAAAAAAGCUUGAUAAAGAUUAAAUUUUAAAUGAAGUUGCAAAAAGAAGGGAGUCUAAGAAAAAUAGUCUUAUGUUACUUUCAAAUGUUUCUGUUAAGCAAUAAAUUUAGCCAUCUUAAACAGAAACUUAUGAUUAUUGA